CGAGCCCCGCGCGCGCGCAGACAGCAAGAUGGAGGAGACCAAGAAGCCGCCGGCGACCCGCAGAGCGGCGGACGAGAAACCGGCGCCCACCCCGGACAAGGACAAGAAGGACAAUGGCGACAAGGAGGAGGAGCUGUCUGAUGAAGAUAAGCAGCUGCAGGAGGAGUUGGAGAUGCUGGUGGAAAGGUUGAGUGAAGAGGACACAAAACUUUAUCGGCCAGCUCUAGAGGAACUCCGGAGGCAGAUUCGUUCAUCCACCACCUCCAUGACAUCUGUGCCCAAACCACUUAAAUUUCUUCGACCACACUAUGAGAAACUCAAAGAGGUUUAUGAGAAGAUACCGUCAGGUGAAAAUAAGCGUUUCUGCGCUGACAUUGUGUCAGUGUUGGCAAUGACAAUGAGUGGAGAUAGAGAAUGUCUGAAAUACAGACUUCAAGGUUCUCAGGAAGAACUGGCUUCGUGGGGACAUGAAUAUGUCAGGCACCUGUCAGGUGAGGUGGCAAAGGAAUGGCAGGAGAUUGAUGAGAAUGAUAAACCUCAACAAGAAACCCUGCUGACUCUGGUAAAGGAGAUUGUUCCCUAUAACAUGGCUCACAAUGCUGAGCAUGAGGCAUGUGAUCUGCUAAUGGAGAUCGAACGUCUUAAUAUGUUGGAAGAUUAUAUUGAUGAAAAUGCCUAUUCCAAAGUCUGCUUAUAUUUGACCAGUUGUGUCAGUUACGUUCCCGAGCCAGAGAAUUCAGCUCUACUUCGAUGUGCACUUAGUAUUUUCCGGAAGUUCAAUCGUUAUCCUGAGGCUCUGCGUCUGGCACUGAUGCUUAACGACAUGGAAUUAGUCGAAGACAUUUUUACUUCCUGUAAAGACGUUGUUAUUCAGAAGCAGCUGGCAUUUAUGUUGGGUCGUCAUGGUGUAUUCUUGGAGCUGAAUGAAGAUGUAGAAGAUUAUGAGGAUCUGACAGAAAUAAUGUCUAACGUCCAGUUGAACAGCAAUUUCCUGGCCCUUGCAAGAGAGCUGGACAUAAUGGAGCCAAAAGUACCAGAGGAUAUUUACAAGACACAUUUAGAAAACAACCGUUUCGGUAGCACUGGCUCCCAGAUUGAUUCUGCUCGCAUGAAUCUUGCUUCUUCGUUUGUUAAUGGCUUUGUGAAUGCUGCGUUUGGACAAGACAAACUAUUAACAGAAGAUGGUAAUAAGUGGCUGUACAAAAAUAAAGACCAUGGCAUGCUAAGUGCUGCAGCUUCGUUGGGAAUGAUAUUGCUCUGGGAUGUUGAUGGUGGCUUGACGCAGAUUGACAAGUAUUUGUAUUCAUCAGAGGACUAUAUUAAGUCUGGUGCAUUGCUUGCCUGUGGCAUUGUCAACUCUGGCGUCCGGAAUGAGUGUGACCCCGCUCUCGCUCUCCUGUCAGACUAUGUCCUGCACAACAGCAACACCAUGAGGAUUGGAGCCAUCUUUGGGCUCGGGCUUGCGUAUGCUGGAUCCAACCGUGAGGACGUGUUAGCUUUACUUCUUCCAGUGAUGAGAGACUCGAAAUCCAGUAUGGAGGUGAUUGGUGUGACUGCGUUGGCAUGCGGUAUGAUUGCAGUGGGGUCUUGCAAUGGAGAAGUCACGUCUACUAUCUUGGAAACUAUAAUGGACAAAUCUGAGCAGGAGCUAAAGGAUACUUAUUCCAGGUGGCUGCCUUUGGGUCUUGGUCUUAACCAUCUGGGAAAGGGUGAGGCCAUUGAGGCCAUCUUGGCAGCCCUCGAAGUGGUGUCCGAACCAUUCCGUAGCUUUGCCAAUACUCUGGUAGAUGUCUGUGCUUAUGCAGGUUCUGGCAAUGUACUGAAGGUCCAGCAGCUGCUCCACAUUUGCAGCGAACACUACGAUUCGAAAGAGAAGGAGGAGGACAAGGACAAAAAGGACAAGAAAGAUAAGGACAAGAAGGAGAACGUGGCAGACAUGGGAGCACAUCAGGGAGUAGCGGUGUUGGGAAUUGCAUUAAUCGCCAUGGGAGAAGAGAUCGGAGCAGAAAUGGCUCUCCGCACAUUUGGACACCUGUUGCGGUACGGUGAACCCAUUUUAAGGCGUGCGGUCCCUCUCGCUCUGGCAUUGAUUUCAGUCUCUAAUCCUCGGUUGAGUAUCUUGGACACGCUGAGCAAGUUCUCUCACGAUGCUGAUCCCGAGGUGUCUCAUAACUCUAUCUUUGCAAUGGGCAUGGUUGGAAGCGGUACAAACAAUGCCAGACUGGCAGCCAUGCUCAGACAGUUAGCACAGUACCACGCCAAGGACCCAAAUAAUCUGUUCAUGGUUAGAAUAGCACAGGGCUUGACUCAUCUCGGAAAAGGAACGCUGACGUUGUGUCCAUACCACAGUGACCGACAGUUAAUGAGCCAAGUCGCAGUGGCUGGACUUCUCACUGUGUUGCUCUCGUUCCUCGAUGUGAAGAACAUAAUCCUCGGCAAGUCCCAUUAUAUUCUGUACGGUCUGGUCGCUGCGAUGCAGCCUCGGAUGCUGGUUACGUUUGAUGAUGAGCAUCGACCAUUGCCGGUGUCUGUGCGAGUGGGACAGGCUGUUGAUGUGGUGGGUCAGGCGGGCAAGCCCAAGACUAUCACUGGGUUCCAGACACACACAACACCCGUGUUGCUGGCUCAUGGGGAAAGGGCCGAACUGGCGACGGAGGAGUACAUCCCCCUGACCCCGAUCCUUGAGGGCUUCGUCAUCCUACGCAAAAAUCCCAACUACAAUGUGUAGCGUGUGACGGUUAAACUCUUUGGGCCUUUGUAGCUGGAGUAUCUUUUUAUUAAUUAAGCUGUCAGCCAUCCACGCCAAGUGGGAGCAAGAUGAGAUUCAGUCCACUCUUGCACCUGUUUGGCAUCGUAGAGGGGUUCAGAUGUUAGCUUUUGUAUUAAUUUACUGCAUGACUGUUGUAUUGUACUUCAUUACAUUUUCAGUAUAACACAGCAUCUAAAUAAAGUUAUUUCUGGAUCUCGAUUCCAA